AUGGCUGAAAGUGACAGGAACGACAGCGCUCAGUACCCUUGCCCUGGUGGCUCUGGGGUGGCCCCAGGUGCAGCUGCCACCGCCCAGGACAGACCCAGAGUCAUCAAAGUCAUUGUAAAGACGCCCAAAGAGAAAGAAGUGUUUGAAGUCCUUGAGACUAGCUCAGUCCAGCAGUUAAAGGAGAUGGUUGCUAAACGCUUCAAAUGCCAAAGCGAUCAUGUAGUGUUGAUUUUUGGUGGGAAAAUUAUGAGAAAUCAAAAUACCUUGGUGCACCACGGCGUCAGGGAUGGAAUGACAAUCCACCUGGUCUUAAGAAACAAGAAGGAACUUGCAGGCAUAUUCGUGCAACCUAGAAAUGGCGCCACAGGAACCAGUACUGCUACAGCAUCGACUUCCAGGGAUACUUCUCCACUGACUCCCUCAACUAGCAACUCAUCUGGUUUGAGAAAUGCAGAUAUACUUUCAGGCCUUAGCACCCUGGAUUUGAGCUCACCCGGUCUUUUUGAGGUCCACAGCCAAAUGCAGCAGCAAAUCAUAAACAAUCCUGAGAUGAUAACCCAGAUCAUUGAAAGCCCUUUUAUUCAGAGUGUGCUCUCCAAUCAGGAUCUGAUGAGGCAUCUCAUUAUGACCAACCCACAGAUGCAGCAGCUGAUGCAGAGAAACCCGGAAAUCAGUCAAAUGGUUAACAACCCAGAUGUAAUGAGUCAGAUCCUUGAAUUAGCCAGGAAUCCAGUCGUCAUGCAAGAAGUAAUGAGAAAUUCAUACGCCCGCAAUUUCCAAAAUAUGCCAGGUGGUAACGCUGGGGUAAGGCGCAUGUACAGUGAUAUUCAAGGGCUUCUACUGAAUGCUGUACAAGAGCAGUUUCAGUGUAAUCCAUGCCCAUGUAUGCAGAGAAGUUCCUCUCUUGGGGCAGACACACAGUCGUCAUCUUCAGGAAAUCAAGCUCCACUAUCCAGUCCAUGGGGGCAACCACAGGCUUCUCAGAGUUCUGUGAGUACUGAUAGAACCUCAAGCAGUGCAAGUUCCAGCAGUACUACUGAGAACACCGAAGAUGCAGAACAUCCCAGUGCCUUCCAUACCCCAGUAAGGUCAAGCCUGCUGCCACAAAGAAGUGGAACUGCUCAGGUGUCCCAGAAUAUGCCACUUGCACCCUACAUGAGCAUGAUAUCGUCCCUGAGCCUGAAUCAAGAUCUGCCUGCUCAGAUGAUACCAAAUAGCCAGCUGUUUCUUAUAAAUCCUCAGCUACAGGGGCAGAUGGGCAUACAACCCAUUGAUUUCCUGCAGCACAUGCAGCAAGGAGAAUUCUUUCCAGCCAUGUCAAACCCAAGAGCAGUGCAAGCUUUGAUCCAGGUCCAACAAGGGCUCCAGAUAUUAGCCACAGAAGCACCUGGCCUCAUUUCAAGCUUUGUUCCCAGUAUGGGAAUGAUGGUGCUGGGAAACACCAUGGGCCCACCAGGCACAUUUACUUCACUUGGCCCCAUGGGCCCUAUGGUCUCAUUUAGCUCCCUAGGCAACACUGGGCCCAUUGCUCCCACUGCUCCUGGUGUUCCAACAAGAUUCAACAUUUCUAGCUCUGCACCUGGUGAAACCAUGAAUCCUGGAUCGGAAUUAGGACUCAACCAGCAGUCCAUUCAGCAAAUGAUUCAGUUUCUGGUGGCAAAUCCAGAAAUCAGAUUUCAACCACAACUACUACAGCUCAGCUCAAUGGGGUUUAUGAAUCGUGAAGCAAACUUGCAGGCCCUUAUAGCAACAGGAGGUGACCUCAUUGCUGCCAUUGAGAAGCUGUUGGGCACAAGACCAUGGUAA